AUGCCCACACACAAGUUUUUUUGUCCAUUAUGUAAUGUAACUAUAUUUAUCAAAGCGACGUUGAUACCAUGUAGAGGGUCCUGGUAUUACAUCAACGAUGCAAUCGUGAAGGGGUGUGCUUGCUGCUGCAGAGCUUGUGUGCUGUUGCAGACUGGAGCGGUAAUAUUGACUGGACAGAAAACCGUUAGAGGCGCAAAGGAGCGAACGUUGUUGAUCUUGGCGUAAGUUGCGUCUCAGCGAUCGAUCAAUACGCCUCAAGAUGAGUCGCUGCAAGUAUUAAGCACUUGCGCUCACGCAGACCCAGACACUCACCACUAGCAGCAAAACCAAGACGAAUUCAUCUUCGAUGUGCGGAUGUGCACGCUGCAUGACAACGACCAUCAAGAAUAAUGUACCAGCAGUAAGAACCGUUCUUGAGCACCUUUAUUUGCGAUCGCAGUAGGUUGACGCUGGUACUAGAACCACAACGCCUCUCCUGCCGAACAGCAGGCGGACAAGCGAC